CAACAACAUAAAAGGCUCCCUCCGCUCCCGUUCAGAACACUAGUCAAUUAGCAGAUUUGCCAAAUCCCAAAUUUGACCUACUUCUCUAUCUACCUACCAAGACCACUUGCACUAUUAUCACACCAACAUGCUAUCCUUUAAUGAUGCAAUUAACCAAGCCGAUGCUCUUCAUGCACGCAUCACCAAUGAGGCUCGACGAGCAGCAAAUGCUCCGCCUUUGACUGACGCUGAGAGAGCUGCGAGCGAACAAGCCAGGCUUACGGCCAUGAGUUCCCUCAAUUCCACCAUGGCUUUGGUGCGGGGCGCCCUUCAUGCUGUCAGGGGCUCCAGGGAGGCCAGAGAAAAAAAGGAUGAACCAAAGUUCCCCUUCAGAGCAAACCGCGAUGUAGCCCCGCAAGCAUUGUUCUCUCUUGGCUCUGCCGUCUCUACCGUUUCGCCUUCCUUCGCUAGCCUCUCUAGUCCCGUGGAAAACGUUAAGCAAGAAAUGUCUGCCGAAGGGCUUAAAAAGAGCACGCAAACGCUGACUCAAAUGGCGGAGGCCAUCGAACCCAUCAUCACGAGCUUUGACCAAGUCUUGGUCAAGCCGUACCUAAAGAACUACAAUGCUAGUCUGAACACGGUGCCAGUGCUUGGUAUCAAGGAUAACAAAAUUAUGUACGUGGAAACCAAGUCCAAUGCCCUCGGAUCGCUUAAAGACUCCUGGGCUUUGUUUAGCUCCCUUCCGCAGGACGCCGAAAUCAAACCGGGUAAAAAUGUCUUCCUCUUUCCGUUCAAAGGGGAUAUCUGCUUGGCUAUAGGCCAGGCGGUAUGGAGGAAGCUCCAUUACAAGGACGAGACUGACCUUAAAAAGGCUGUCGACAACUGGCCCAACAUGUACCAAGCGAGCUGGGUAAAGGUUGGCGACAACGUCCUUCCUGCUGCAGACCUCCGUAGCGUUAUUCCAUUCGCCGUGCUCUCUGCAGAUCGUCAGAACAUUGAUUUCCAUCUGGUUGUCCUCAAGGCGGAUUCUUCCAUGGCUGUUCUAACCAGCGAUGACCUGAUUAACAAUGCCUCUUUCAACCCCCUGACUUUUGGCCCCUCUAAAGAAAUCACUACCGAACCCAAAUGGUCGCGUAUCGCUUACUGGGAUAACCAGAUCGUCGGCUAUGAUGAUGCCAAUAAUGUUUAUAAUCUGGAUGUCAAAUUUUCGGCCAAUAGCUUUACCGUUUCGGACAAGACCCCAGACACGACCAUUACAGAGCUCACCGCGACCGAGGCUGGUCUAGUCGUAGCACGCAGCGAUGGGUUCCUAUAUAAGAGACUUAUCUCUAUCCCGAAAGAUGCAGAUAAAGAUGCCACUUUUAGCUGGACCAAAUGGAUCAGCCAAGACGGAGUUACCAACCUUGGCGUCGCAUCCCCAGGUGUCAUCCUCGAUCUAAAUCUCUUGACGCGCACUCUGCGUUCUCGCUACAUUGAAGUCCAAACAGCCGUUUACCCCAUGGUGGAUGGGAUUCGAGCCUUCUGCGUUACCCAUAACUACUAUCUUCAACAGCUCCAAACCGCCGCCGACACCUACAAUUCUACGACAGAGCCCGAGGAAAAGAAGACUCUCGCCAUCAAGCAGGCCAAAGGUUUCGUCGUUCAUGCACAAACCUGGUCAAGAAUUCUUAGCUCGAAGAUCAAAGGGUGCAAGCAAGAAGUCAAUAUCAUGACUGACCAGCUAAAAGGGGUGCACCGCCAACUCGAGACUCAGUUGACGCUGCUAAAUGACAAGUUGGCGGGGCUUAAAAAAACGCUCGAGACGCAAAAGGAUGCCUUAUCAAAGCUGCAAGCCGCUUUCUGGGGUAUGGUCGGAGCUAUGUUCCUCGGUAUGGCUCUUGCUGUGCUUGGACUUGCCCUUGGCGGCAACCCGUUGAUCCUCACUGCAGCUGGCGUUCUCUUUGUUGGGGGACUCGUGGCCAUGGUUACCCUGGGUAUCAAAAUGGGUGAGAUGGCGCGAGCUGUUAGCGAUACGGAAGCUCAGAUACGAGAUGUUACCACAGCCAUCACCGAAAUGACAGCCAUUGUCGACAGCUAUAGUGACCUAGAUACUAAAUACGGUACUCUCAACGAGUUCUGGGGAAGAAUGUUUGUGGAUGCAAGCGCAAUUGGUACCAUGGACGAUGCCACGGCAGCACAACUUGGAAUGGACAUCUUGGUUGAUGACUCUUCUAUUGGAGCGGCCCGAGACAUGACAACUCAAAUGGGCGAUGCCUGCUUAAAAUACCUCGAUGUUUUAAACAAGCAGGGUAUCAAAGUCCCCGACCCAUCGGCGUCCAGCGUAACGCCUAUGUUCCUCAGCCUUGCAAGAAACGUGACAGCUGCCGAGCCCAAGGCUUCGUCUGAAGUCAGGGACUGUAACGCACAGUUCCAUCAGCUCGUCAAGGUUGGACAGCAAUGCCUCGCUUCUGGAGACCUGCCUGGGUAUGAGGCAACCAUCAACCAAGCAGUUCUCGCUUCCAUGGCCACCGAAGUUGCAGGCAUAGAGGCGCAGGUUAUGUCAGGUCGCUGGUUUGAUGUCGCAUCGCUACGCUCCAAUGGGUCGGUAUGGGGGGGCACCUCUCUUACAGCUAAAGCGAUAGCGUUGUCAAUUAGUGACGCUGCCGCUUUGGUGGACCAAGGAUCCAAGAUGAACGGCUCCUUGCAGCAGGUGAGGCCUUACGUCGUCUCGAUGUUACAACAAACAAUUCAGUUGGGUCAAGUCGUCCUCGACUGGUCCUCGCGUUUCCCAGAGCCACCUACACCAGACAAGGAAGCCGAAGUCGAUGCUCUACAAAAGAAAUCUUUGGCAAAUUGUGAAGCUGCUCAAAGCUCUGCGGCCAAGGCCAAAAAUUCAUUUUCGAGCUUCCAGGACGAGGCCACCAAAUAUCAACAAGAUCUGGAAAGGAACAUCAAUCAAGCAAAGAACGACAUCGAUGGAGAACAGUCGAGGGCCAACUCUGACAUGAACCAUAUCAGUGUCCCUUGGUAUGUGUAUCUAGGAGGAGUAGUGGCAGUAACAACAUACAUUGCGGUGCAGAGAUCUGAGAUCCAAAACCGACUCCAUCGUACUGUCGCCAGCCUUCAAGAUAACAUCAAGAAACUAAAGGAAUUAGAGGAUAGUGGCGCAAGCUUCCAGGGCAGUGCGCUCACUUGGAUCGAAAUGUGCGAGCGUGUCAGUGGAAACCUCGGCACAAUCUAUAAUAUCCUCACGGCCCUCCAAGGACAGGUCAUGGAGAAUCCAGUAUUUUAUAACCAGUUGAUGAAAACAGAAUGGUCUGAAAUUGUCAAGGAUGCGUCUGAGGUCCUCAACGUGAUAGAGAGCAGUGCUCCUGCUACCCUUUCUGCCUUCUUGAUGCCCGCUGGGAACACUAUGAUGCUCGCCAGGGGAGCCACUAUGACGCUUGCAGCCACUCCAAGUGUAAGCAACGCUACCCUAGUCACAUCAUUGCUUCCUGACUCUAAUCUGGGCCCAAAAAUGAAAGAUCAAGCGGCCAGUGCAGACCAGGUGUUUGACCAGAUGGAAACUCUCCUUCGUCUCCCACACCUUGGCGAUAUUAUUGCAUACUGGGACGAGACAAAGACAAAAAAGACAACCCUUCUCAAUGUUGCAACUCAAUUACGAACUCAAUAUGUCCAAUUGGCUGCCACGGAAUACGAUACGAUUCAACACCUUUACAGCCUCGCCAUCCUCCAGCGCUAUCGAGCGGACAAUGUUGUGAAGGGCAAACUACCGAUUGAUGCCUUUGUCAAGGUAUCGCUAGCAUCUUUGACGCAGGCUUACAAAUCUGCCAACCGAGCGGCCAGCGAAUUUGCCAGGUCUGCAAGUGACUUUGAUUUUGCCAUGAGGCAAGUCAACUCCAAUAUCAAGACUAUCCAAGAGAAAAUUGCAAAACUCAAUGUGGAUAUUGAAACAAUGGAGAAGAAGCAGAGAGAUACCAUCAUUUGGCUUAUCGCCGAUAUUAUCGCCUUGUCCUUUGCCACAGCUGCCUUCCUGGCAAGCUUUGGGGCAUUUGGCCCUCUUACGAGCGCUGUCGCCCUUGCUACUAGGAUCGGUCUAGGAGCUACAGCGACGGCUGCUAGCAUCAAGACUGUUAUCGACAGUUUAGCCUUGGCCGAUGUGGUAAUGCUUAUCUCCACGACGAAAGACGUUAAACGUGACCUCGAAAAGAGCGCCGAGGAACUUGCCAAAGUUCAGCCUCGCUUCCAGAACGUUGUGGAUGGAGUCACUGCCAUCUCAUCUUCACUUUUGCAAAUGGUGUCAACUUUGUCCAAAACCUUGGAUAACAUUGAAGUCCUCCAACAGUUCACUCUCACUGAGGCGGAUGUCGAGAAGAUUGGAAAUGCUUGGGAUAUAGUCAAAAACAAUUCGCAGGAUUGGAUGGAUGUCGUCAAUAGACAAGGCAUCUCGCCUGUUACAUUCUCUAUUCGAUCGCCCAACAAUUAACAAAUAGGUUAGCACUGAAAAACAGGAUUGUUGUGGUAUAUAGCGCGCGACCUGUUAAAAAAAAAGAAAGAAAGAAAAGAAAGAAAAGUUGUCUAAUAAAUAAAUAUUUGCUAUUACUUGGAUUUACAGUGUUU